GUUCUACAUCAUUACAGCGGUACCGCCUUCCCUCUCCGCUCUCCGAAAAUAAGCCUCUCCCUCUCGCCUCAUGACCGAGUUUUCAUUUAAUCAAUUUCGUGAACGCGCGCGCCUAGUAAGAAUUGUGCGCUGUCAAAAAAACUGACUAUUGGAAUUUAGAAUAUCUGCCGAUUUAGCUGACGCUAUUUUGGAUAGGUUCACUUCAAUAGGUCUACACCAGAAUAUUAAUUUCAUUGCGUCCCGUUAUUUCUGAAAGAGGAUUUUCCCUUUCGCCAUGAAUCCGUUAUGUGGAAGAUGCAGUAAAAUGGUUUACCCCACGGAAAAAGUGAAUUGUCUAGACAAGUACUGGCAUAAAGGAUGUUUCAGCUGCGAGGUGUGCAAAUUGACCCUUAACAUGAAGAAUUACCAAGGCUUCGACAAGAAACCCUACUGCAGUAUGCACUACCCGAAGAGCUCCUUCACCUCCGUGAUUGACACCCCAGAGAACCUGCGACUCAAACAGCAGAGCAUGUUGAACAGCCAGGCGCUGUACAAAGAGGAGUUUGAGAAGAACAAGGGGAAAGGCUUCAGCGUGGUGGCCGACACACCGGAGAUGCAGAGAGUGAAGAAAACGCAAGACCAGAUCAGCAACAUAAAGUAUCAUGAGGAAUUUGAGAAGAGCAGAAUUAGUAGUGAUGCCCCACCCCCAGUGAAUGCCAGUCAAGAUCCGCAGCCGCAGCCGCAGCCAGCCAUCCCUCAGACCUACAGCUCCCAGCCGGAUCCUGUGUCUGUUCCCUCUGCUGCUGCUGUACCACCACCUAGUGGAGGGAAGCGCUACCGGGCUCUGUACAGCUACACGGCUGCCGACGCCGACGAGGUGUCUCUCCAGGAGGGCGACCUGAUUGCAGACGUACAACAGAUAGAUGAGGGAUGGAUGUACGGCCGCAUCGAACGCACCGGGCAACAGGGCAUGCUACCUGCUAACUACGUCCAACCCCUCUGAAACCCUGGGCCUCCUUCAAUUGGUUGAAACAUUCAGAACACUGCAGACAGAAAUGUAAGCAUGGGUUGUGUUCAUUAGGCACCAAAGGGAAGAAAAUGGAUUGAAAGAAGGUGUGACUGCCCGGACGUGUCCAAUAAGAAACGCUCAAUUUACUUUUUCAUUGCAAAGCGUUUAAAACCCUUUGUUGCAUGUCGUAAUGAACAAAACCCAGGUUGAAGGUUAGUGUCCUCUCUAGGUUGUACUUUUCUAUCUGCAACGUUCAGAGUUUCACUCCACUGCUGAACUUAGUCCAGGAGAAAUGGGGAGAUGAAAAGGGGGGGGGGGGGGGGUAAAUGUGGGAAACAAGUCACAGCCUAAGAGAGGGAGAGGACGGAAGAAAGAGAAAAGGAAACAACUAGUGCCAUUAAGACUUGAAUAUUGUCUCUGACCAUGUUUUUGCUCAUAUGGUCUAUUAUUCAUGGUUUUUGAAAAGUUAAUUGAUUUAGCUAAUAAAGCUUCUCACUGCCAUUUUCAGUACACAGUCCACUAUCGGACAGCUCAAUGCCCUAAUACUACUACACCUAAAUGGUUUUAAAUGUCUAGGUCUUCCCCGUGGUUUAUUUGUAAUGACAUAACGACCCCAGUGAGGCCAUACCAUAUUAAGCUUGCAUCUAUUAGGCAGUGUACAAUAUAUAGAGUUCCCCAAAAUGUAUUAAUUAUUCCGAAAUUUUGCAUGAAGUUGGAAAGUUUAGGAUCGGCUUCCAGUUGACAGUUGUACAUUUUAGGACAGAUAUAUUUCUAUAAUUUAGAACCUAGAGGGCUUCCGUGUUAGUACUUGUUAGCAAACUGUAUUUACUAACUAGUACCUGUUAGAAUACCUACCGGUCUGUAUCUACUGAUUACAAUAGUUACACUAAUCAGCAGCACUUGGUUUGGGCUAGGCAGAAACAGGUGUGCACAAUUAUCAAUCAAUGGUAUUUUAUUAGGAUCCCCAUUAGCUGUUGUGAAAGCAGCAGCUACUCUUCCUGGGGUCCACAUCAAACAUAAAAUAGAACAUUAAUAAAACAAGAACAGAACUAAUGAUGUCCUAAAAGAGCCGUUUAAAAUAUCACCGCCGUGCAUACGAAAAAAUACUUAAUUGGUGGUGUGAUACGGCUUGACAGAAAUGAAGAAUUCAAAAAUGUCACCAUUCACAGGGAUUCAAGGGUGUUUUAUACGUUUGAAAAAUUAAAAAAGGUAUGAUUUAUAUUAUUCUAUUCUAAGUUUUGCAAUGAAGCAUUCAAAUUCAUUGGGGUAAAACUGAAUAUUUGAGAAUUUGUCUCAUUGUUUUUCUUACAUACACAAAGCAGCCUAUGUGCCAGAAUGUCUCUGCUUCUGCUUUAGAAAGCAAACUUGACUUGAAUGCAACAAUGUCAAAUCUAGCCAAUCUUGCAAGCGUUCUUUGAAAUCUUGUGCCAGCCAAUGUGUAGCUGUCAAGAGGGACUACUUCAAUAGCUGCAUUUAGACAGUCAGCCCAAUUCUGAUCUUUUUUUCACUAAUUGGCCGUUCGAUUAGAAUUGGGCUGCCUGUCUAAUCACAGCCUAUGUAGCUAGCAUUGUUGAGGUACCCAGUCGAACCAAAGAGUACGCUUUGAAUAGAGCACAUCCAACAAUAUUUUAAGUCAGCAACAUUUUAUUAAUCAACAUUAAAAGAAAAUACAACCUUA